GUGAGUUCAUCCGCAGAGCACGGAAUAUUUUGAGAAUGACUAAAAUUUAAUUACGUCAACUUUAAAGUGCGCGAACGCGGUAUUCAGGUGCCACAGCGCUUAAAUAAAAGGCCCGGAAAUAAUUUUGGGCACAGAUUUGUAGGUUGUUUUCUUUUAAACUGCCGAACAGUCCUUGCAACAAUGGACUGGCGCGUGUUGCUGGUCUUGGCGGCAUUUGUGGCUCAGGUCACCUCCGUGGGAAACGGCAAAAAUGCCGGUCGAUAUAAGGGUGGCGUCGCCACGAGACCCUCAGGAAGACCUCAACCUCGACCUGGGCUCGCGAGAAAACCAAGCUCAGCCGGACGACAGUUACCAGCAAGAAGCAACUCCAACCUCCGAUCACCAGGACAGCAAUCACCUCUAAGAAGCAGCCCCAUCCCCCGAUCAACGGGAUCAGGACGACAACUGCCUUUGAGGGACAACCCCAGACCCACGAACGGAAGAAAACGACAAUCGCUCCCGAGAGGUGGCCCCAGAAAUUCGACCGGAAAAGGGCAGCUUUCGCCCCAGAAAAGCUUCUCCCAGAAUUCGUAUCGACCACCGCCAGGGAGAAGCUACUCCAAGAAUUCAGGCUCGAACUCGUAUCCCGUUGAAAGUGGAGGACCGCGAUCUCCCGGACGACAACAGGUAGAGCAGGUCGAUCCGAAAAAAUUAGUGUUGAACAUGAAGGAGCUGGACGCGGCAAUAAAUUCGGGAAAAUGGUCUGCAGAGGAGGAGGGAUACCUAAAAGAACUGAAGGGCAUGUGGUCAGAUACCGUUGAGUUGAGGGACACCGGUCUCGACCUCGUGAAGGACAUCGGUGAAUCGAUGAGUAAGCACGGAAAGGAACUGUCAAAGGACCCCGAGAGUCGCGAACGCCUCAAGAAAAUAUGCACCGAAGCCCGGAGGACCUUCGCUCCCAGCUCCAACGAGUUCUUGGGACAUGUCUAUCGUGUUGGAAGGCAGAUUUUAGAUAACCCAGGGGACAAAGGACAGCGGGCCCAGCUCAAGCAAGAUAUGAAAUCACUAGAAGAACGGAAAGAGACCCUCUUUACUCAUCUGAGUGGCUACAUGAUCCCGCUUCAGGGUGAGCUAAUGAACAUGUUGAUUGGCAUGGGUGGACUCUCAGCCACCGAAAAGGAAACUCUCCAGUGGUCAGACGACGACGACUUCUGAUGAUAUUAAACACUAUUUUGACGAUGAAUAA